CAGAAGAAUUCAGCCGAAUCCUGGUGAUAAAGGCCGAAUCCUGGCUUCAGUGCAUCCCUAGAGUGCAUUGCACUUGUGCCUGCCCUUAAUCAUGACCACACUAAUAUGAUUGUCUGAGAGAUGGUAGUUUUGUCCCAUUGAGUGCAAGCAUGUACUAUACACGCCCUCAGAUGAUAACUGACUGAAGGAGAGACGCUGUGUUCCUGGCAAGGCCUACCUCUCUGUACCUGGCAUGGCCUGCAGCUUCACACUCAUUUCACUCCAUGGAGUCCAUGCCAUUUUCUCAGCAUUGUAACAAUUAUGUGACUGCAGGAGCUGAAGGAGCCACUCCCUUGGUCCAGCGUCAGGCAUGGAGCUUGCAGGAACUUGCACAGGGGAGGCUCGCCAGACGAAAUCCCCUCCCACCCAUUCUUCUUCUUAUACAUCAGCAGCGGAACAUGUGCGCACCUCGUCAUUGGCAACAACACAGCAGCCCUCAAGCCCUCGCCUCUUCAGCCCCUCCGCACCCCCACACCUGCACAGUGGAACAGUCCGGCGCCUGCUUCGGUACCCAGUAAGGUAACCUCGGAUUAUGGAACUUUGAAAACUGAAUACAUCAGCACUACAUGUUGAUAUUUUUCAAGAAAAAGAAUUGACUUUUCUCCCCAUAAAGCUCUUUAAAGACAGUAUAUAUUCUGUGUACCUUGAACAUCUGCAGAACUUUCUUUUUUACUUCAGAUGCCUAAGAACAGUAAGGUAGCAAAGAGAGAGCUGGAUGAUGAUUUUGUGGACUCUGUUAAAGAUUUACUUUCCAAUGAGGAUUCAGGGGAUGAAAACUUUAAGAAAAGUUCCCUGGUGGUUCGAGAUGAUGUAGAUAAGGACAGAGAUAUUGAAGAAGAUUCUGAUAUUGACGAGGAAAGACCAGCAUGGAACAGCAAACUGCAGUAUAUACUUGCACAGGUUGGAUUUUCAGUUGGCUUGGGGAAUGUAUGGCGGUUUCCCUAUUUGUGCCAGAAGAAUGGGGGAGGUGCCUACCUUGUACCAUAUUUAAUCCUUCUUCUGGUAAUUGGAAUUCCAGUCUUUUUCUUGGAGCUGUCUGUGGGGCAGAGAAUAAGGAGGGGAAGUAUUGGAGUCUGGAACUAUAUUAGCCCUAAAAUGGGUGGAAUUGGAUUUGCAAGCUGCAUUGUUUGCCUAUUUGUGGCACUAUACUACAACGUCAUUAUUGGGUGGAGUCUAUUUUAUUUCUCCCAAUCCUUUCAGCACCCUCUGCCUUGGGAUCAGUGCCCUUUGGUGAAAAACGCUUCAAACACUUUUGUGGAACCUGAAUGUGAGAAAAGCUCCGCCACUACCUAUUACUGGUACAGAGAAGCGUUGAAUAUUUCAAACUCAAUCACAGAAGGGGGAGGGCUCAACUGGAAGAUGACACUUUGCUUGCUUGCUGCUUGGAUUUUGGUCUGUCUUGCUAUGAUCAAGGGCAUCCAGUCAUCAGGGAAAGUGAUGUACUUCAGUUCUCUGUUCCCGUAUGCGGUGCUUACUUGUUUUCUUGUGCGGGCCCUGCUUUUAAAUGGAUCGGUAGAUGGAAUUCGCCACAUGUUUACACCAAAGCUUGAAAUAAUGCUUGAGCCCAAAGUGUGGCGUGAAGCUGCCACUCAGGUGUUCUUUGCGCUGGGCCUGGGAUUCGGAGGCGUUAUUGCCUUUUCAAGCUACAACAAACGGGACAACAACUGUCAUUUUGAUGCUGUCCUGGUGUCCUUUAUCAACUUUUUCACCUCUGUCCUGGCAACAUUGGUGGUGUUUGCGGUGUUAGGAUUCAAGGCAAAUAUUAUGAACGAGCAGUGCAUUUCCAAAAAUACAGUCAAGAUUGUAAAUUAUCUGGAAGCUGGCAAUCUCAGUUGGAGUAAUGUCCCACAUCAUGUCAAUUUUUCAAGUAUGUCAGUAAAGGACUAUAGUUUGGUCUAUUUCAUAUUUCAGAAAACAAAAGAAGAAGAAUUUGACAGCCUUGGGCUGGACCCCUGUCAGAUAGAAGAUGAACUCAACAAGUCGGUCCAAGGGACUGGGUUGGCUUUUAUUGCUUUCACUGAAGCGAUGACACAUUUUCCUGCUUCUCCCUUUUGGUCAGUGAUGUUUUUUCUCAUGUUAGUAAACUUGGGCCUCGGCAGUAUGUUUGGAACCAUUGAAGGCAUUAUAACUCCUCUUGUUGAUACAUUUAAAGUACGGAAGGAACCACUCACUGUUGGAUGCUGCCUAUUAGCAUUCUGCAUUGGCCUACUCUUUGUACAGAGGUCUGGAAAUUACUUUGUUACUAUGUUUGAUGACUAUUCUGCUACAUUACCACUGCUGGUUGUGGUUAUUUUGGAGAAUGUUACAAUUGCCUGGAUAUAUGGCAUAGACAAAUUCAUAGAUGAUUUAAAGGACAUGCUUGGAUUUACCCCAUACAGAUAUUAUUACUAUAUGUGGAAAUACAUCUCUCCUGUCUUGUUAACUAUUCUUCUGAUAGCGAGUAUAGUUCAGAUGGGUUUCACUCCACCAGGCUACUAUGCAUGGAUCGCAGAAAAGGCCAGUGAAGAACUUCAAAGUUAUCCUCCAUGGGGCCUUGCUCUCUGUAUAUCACUAAUUGUAUUUGCACUGUUACCUGUGCCAUUAGUAUUCAUUGUCCGCUCCUGUAACCUUAUUGGUGAUAGCACUGGAAGCCUGGCAUCUGUGUCCUAUAAAAGAGGAAAAAUGAUCAAAGAAACAUCAAAUCUUGAAGAUGAUGCAAGCUUAAUCCACGAGAAGAUCCAGAGUGAAAUGCCAUCUCCAAAUAUUGGAAGUAGCAUUUAUCGAAAGCAAACAGGAUCACCAACACUAAAAGUGGAUACUGCUCCGAAUGGACGUUACGGCAUUGGGUACCUAAUGGCAGAUAUGUCAGACAUGAAUGAAGCAGACUUGUAGUUGUCGCAACAAAAAGUAUUUUAUACUUGGUACUGCACAUUUAUUCUUCUUUAAAGGAGAGGCUGGCUUUAAUGAAAUCAAAGUUGUUUAAUGUUCUUGGAAUCAAUAAUACAUUGGGUUAUACAGUGGGAGAGGGUUAUAACAUACACUCCUCUUGCUGGCUCUUUUUACUAGGUCUGAGGUACUGGAUAAAGCUCUCAUUCUUAGUUCUUUCUAGGACCUUUACUACUUUGUGUCUUACCUCUCUGUGCCUAACUUUGUCCCGGUAUUGGUUUCUUUUUCUAAAACAAUACUUCAGCAUACAAGAUCUUUUUUACUAUCUUACAUUUAUGCAUAUGAUCGACCAGUUGUAAGUACGAGUACUGGAAGUAAAAGCACUUAACACACACCAAAUGCAAGUGCAGUAUUAACAGGGUAGUCAGGUCCUGCAUAUACAUACUCUUCAAGCCAUAAUCAUUUUUUUACCUUAAAUUCUAAGUUGCUGUACUUUAGGUAUGCAUCAAUCUGAUGAAAUCAGGGUUUUUUUAUUUUACAGUAUCAGCCAACCUUUGGCAAGUCAGUUGUUUUAAUAAUAUAUAGAUGAGAUCAUUUAAUCUAUCCUCAGCUCAGGCUAUAUGGAGGCGGAAGGUGUUCACGUGUCAUUUUGGGGCAGCUUUAUCAAAACUUAAACUGGAGUAUCCUAAUGUAUUCUAAGUUUUCACAAAUUGGCAUAUUUAGCAAAGUAUUCCCUGUUUUGACAGAUAUGUAAUUUGGUCCAAAUGUGUUUGACUGCUUUCAAGAAUUCAUCAGAAUGUGUCAAAGUAUUGUACUAUAAGGAAAAGAGCACUAAUUAUAAUAUUUUGCACAAUCACAGAGAAUGUACUGCUACUAAGCUUCAUACUGUUAAUUGGAUUGGCCAAUUUAAAUAUUGCACUUUCUAAAGAAAAAAAAGACAGCAUAAAAUGUAUUUUAGGGACCAUUGGGGUUUUUUCAUUCCCCUCCUCCCAAGUAUUAAUAUUAUAUUAUGGUUUGAAAACUAUAACGUUCAUAAAAUUAAGUCAAGUGAGGCAAUUGUUGCAAUCAGGUUGCUGAAAAUCAGUUACAUGACCAGUCAGGUUGCUGAUCAGUCACAUGACUAAUCAGGUUGUUGACAAUCCAUUACAUGACCAAUCAGGUUGCUGAUAAUCAGUUACAUGACCAAUCAGGUUGCUGAAAAUCAGUUACAUGACCAGUCAGGUUACUGAUCAGUCACAUGACCAAUCAGGUUGUUGACAAUCCAUUACAUGACCAAUCAGGUUGCUGAUAAUCAGUUACAUGACCAGUGAGGUUGCUGGCAAGCAAGAACCUGGAAAGUGCAUGAUGUGCUGCUGUCCCAGCAUGAAAGUGGAAGUACAGGUCAAAAAAGAAAAGCAUGAAAGUUAUGCUUAAUUGCAUGACAUGACGUAUCUGAACCGGUGUAUUCAUAUCUUCAGUUGCCCCAUUUCUUCAUUAAAGAGAUACUGACACCAGAAAAUAAUCUUUUUUUACCAUAACACCAUCAUCAUUGAAUACUAUUUAUAACUUUGCCAUAAAAGUAUUCGCCUGAUGCUUUUCCAUUACCUUUCUUAACCCCAUGAUUCUCUGUAUGGCGGCUGCCAUAUUUGUGCUGCAGUAGUCCAUUAGCCUUGGAAACUCUAACAGACAGCCUGAGAAGAGAUAGUCAGGUUGGCCAAACAGUCAGGUUUAGGAACUUCAAGUAACAAUUACUUACAAAAGCAAAACUAUCAGCAAAAAAGGAUCAACGUGACCUACAGGUAACUUCUAAUGUAGAAAACAGCAGAAGGAUGUGAGUUUUUUUCAAAAAAGCCUAUGAGUAAGUGCCCCAAUAGGCACGAAACGCAAUAGGCCUUCACAUGUAUUGUCCUAAUAAAUGUAU